AAAUUUGACUCGCAGCCCUGGACAUGGGCGUGGGUAGGCAGACUACGACUGCUGCCGAUGUGUAUCAUAAAUCGUGGAGGGCAAAGGGUAAAAGGAUAAAAAGGAAAAGAGAAGGACGGACAAGCAAUCGCCGUACUAGUAAGGAGCUGUGAGGCCAGCCACCGCUUGCUCAUCCCCGUUCUUCAUCCCCCCCCGCCUCCUUCCCACCACCAGCCUGCCACCACCGACAGCACCUCGCCAGCCGCUAGCCCGCCUCACUUGCGUAGCCCAAAAGCCUGCUUGCUCGGCACACUCCUGCUUUACGUCAAACCCCGCUUCUGUCUUCUUUGGACGUACCGGUCUGAGCCACGUCUUUGGGCAUCUCACUGUACUGUCGGCAAGCUCUUGCUCGAGCAUUCCGGGAUUGAGAGGCACGCAUACCGAGAAGAAGUGCGAAGGCUUACGGCAUUCUGCUCUGAAGGAUCAUGUCGGAAUUUAUGAAAGAGUACAAGCUGGUCGUGGUCGGUGACGGAGGGGUGGGCAAGAGCGCUCUGACGAUCCAGUUCAUCCAAAGCCAUUUUGUGGAUGAGUACGACCCGACUAUCGAGGAUUCGUACAGGAAACAGGUGGUGGUGGACGACGAAGUCGCCCUGCUAGAUGUGCUAGACACAGCAGGGCAGGAAGAGUACGGGGCGAUGCGGGAACAGUAUAUGCGCACUGGGGAAGGGUUCCUCAUCGUCUACGCUAUCAACAGCCGGACGUCAUUUGAGGAGCUCACAGCGCUGCAUCAGCAGAUCCUGCGGGUGAAGGACGCGGACAACUUUCCCGUGGUGAUCGUAGCUAACAAAUGCGAUUUGGAGUAUGAGAGGCAGGUCGGGGGACAUGAGGGCCGUGAUCUGGCAAGACACUUCGGCGCACCGUUUAUCGAGUCGUCAGCAAAACAUCGCGUAAAUGUUGACGAGGCGUUCACAGCGCUCGUCCGGGAGAUCCGGAAGUAUCAACGGCCCGCCCCCCCACCGCCAACCGCCAAACCGUCGCAGAACAUCUUCGGCCACCCACACCCGCUCACAGCAUCCCACUCGCACCUGCACCAGCCUACACCCCGGAUGCCAAGUACGACAGGGUACGACGAGCAUCCUGUGCCGUAUGCGUACGGCCAGGGGUACGGGCACGAGGAGGAGAAGCAGAGAGAAGGGGGUUGUUGCGGUGCUUGUGUGGUUAUGUGACCUAUUUCCACAUUCACCUGGACAGUUUCGAAGAUACGGUCGGAUUUGGAUAUGGAUAUGGAUAUGGAUUGCUUACUUAGUGCUCGGUUUUCGCCCUUCGCUGUUGUCUGACUAUAUAUACUCUGCAUUUCCCUUUAUGCAUGUGCUGCUGUGCAACCAAAUGUGCAAUAUACCGCGUUCUUGUUGCACGUUCGAGAACGGCCCAGGGACUCGUGCACAAUAUAUUGAUUACCGC